AUGGCCGGUGCAACUGCUACUCCCCCCGUCCCGCAGCCCAGCGCCCCAUGUCGGCUGAAUGUGAACGUGGGCGUCCUGGGCCACAUCGACAGCGGCAAGACAGCGUUGGCGCGGGCCCUCAGCACUAUCGGUUCCACCGCCGCCUUCGACCGGGCCCCGCAGAGCCGAGCUCGGGGCAUCACCCUGGACUUAGGCUUCUCCUGUCUCUGUACCGAGCUGCCCCCACACCUGGGGCCCGGGCCUGGCCAGCUGCAGUUGACGCUGGUGGAUUGCCCGGGACACGCCUCCCUUAUCCGCACCAUUAUCGGAGGUGCCCAAAUCAUUGACCUGAUGAUGCUUGUGAUAGAUGUUACAAAAGGAAUGCAGACCCAGACAGCAGAAUGCUUGGUGAUUGGGCAGAUUGCAUGUCAGAAGAUGAUAGUGGUUUUGAACAAAAUAGAUCUUCUCCCGGAGGGUAAACGACAGGCUGCCAUUGAGAAGAUGACCAAGAAAAUGCAAAAGACCUUGGAAAACACUAAGUUCCAUGGAUGUCCUGUAGUUUCUGUUGCAGCAAAGCCUGGUGGACCAGAAGCCCCAGAAACUGUGAUUCCUUUAGGAGUUUCUGAAUUAAUUGAGGUCCUGAAGUCAGAGGCUUACCUACCAACAAGAGACCCCUCGGGACCUUUGCUCAUGGCCGUUGACCACUGCUUCUCCAUUAAAGGUCAAGGCACUGUGAUGACAGGAACAAUUCUUUCAGGCUCGGUUAGCAUUGGGGACAAUGUGGAGAUUCCUGCUCUAAAGGUGACGAAGAAAGUUAAGUCCAUGCAGAUGUUUCAUACUCCAGUAACCUGUGCCAUCCAGGGUGACAGGGUAGGAAUCUGUGUAACCCAGUUUGAUCCAAAGCUGUUGGAACGAGGUCUGGUGUGUACACCUGAAUCUCUCCAGACAAUUCAUGCUGCUAUCAUCUCUUUAAAGAAAAUCUCCUAUUUCCGAGGCAGUCUUCAGACCAAGGCAAAGUUUCAUAUCACAGUUGGCCAUGAAACUGUUAUGGGAAGAGUGAUGUUCUUCAGCCCUGCACCUGAUGACUUCAGCAAAGAACCCUUGGAGAAUGAUUUUGAUUUUGGAAAGGAAUAUCUUUAUCAAGAAGAACAUCUUUCCAAAGACUCAAAACCUUCAGAGGAAAACAAGGAGAAUGACCAGGCCGGAGAAAGGUUGCUCCCAAAACAACAAUGGGCCUUGCUUGAGUUUGAAAAACCAGUAACUUGUCCUAAACUGUGUCUUGUGAUUGGCUCAAAGUUGGAUACUGAUAUUCAUGCAAACACUUGCAGGUUGGCAUUUCAUGGUGUGCUCCUUCAAGGAAUGGAAGAUAAAAACUACACAGAGACAUGUCUUCCAAGGCUCAAAGUUUACAAGCUGAAGCAUAAGGAAGGGCAAGUGGAACGGUUCUGUGAUGAUUACAGUGUGAUUGGUCGUUCACUGUUCAAAAAGGAGACCAACAUUCAAAUUUUCGUGGGACUGAAGGUCAAACUAUCUACAGGAGAGGAAGGCAUAAUAGAAGGUGGUUUUGGGCAGAGUGGAAAGUUUAAAAUUCGUAUUCCAGAUGGGGUGAGGCCAGAAACAAAGGCACUUCUGACUGCCAUCUCCAAGAAGAAGCCCAAGGCAGGGAAGGGGGAUACAGCAAAAGAGGAUGAAAGCAACAAGGUUGACUCAGUCCAGCCUGUUCAUAUCACUCUUCUCUUUAAAAGAUACAUCUUUGAUGCACAGAAGAAAAUGAUUCAGUCUUGAGAGACAUUUGAAAUAUCCUUUAUAAAAGUUGAACAUCAAAAUAACUUGCAAAGCAGUUUCAUGGACUGAACUCCUUUCUUGUUGGUCUCACUGGCCUACAGACCCCCCCCCCUUUUCUUCUCUCUCUGGCUUUGCUAUUCCAAUAUAGUGUGCUGCAGGUAGAUGGCACCUGUUGAAAUUCUUUAUUUUUUUUUCACAGCUCAUGCAAAUAGUUUUGUUUAGAUAUUUGAAUUUUCCUCAUAUUCUACGUUAGCCAGAGAAUCGAACCAAUAUGUGAAAUUUCACAACUGCGACUUGAUGGGAAGGCAAAAUGAAACACUGUUCAUGUUGAAAUUAAAUUAGGUGUUUAAAUUCUUUUAUGUUUAGUAAUCCAAAUGCGUUAUUGGUAAAGCAGGGAUUAUUUUGUAAAUGAGGUUUGUAUCUUGAGUACCAUUUAUAACUGGCUUCAGUGUCAGAACAUCCUCAGGGAUGUACAUAAUUUCAUGGUAUAUGUUGUUAACCUUUGCUGUUUCAGGGCUUCAGAACUAUUUUUGUAUAAUAAUUUUGUACAAGCUUUCUGAACCUGCUAGCUGAUGUUUUCCUCUAAGAAAGCCGAGAAAAUAAGCAAGUCAAAGCUACUGUUAAUACGUCCUGUUGAAGGUGAAUUAUGUUCAUUAUCUCUGCAAGCAUCCUAAUUGUUAUUACCAAAGUGUCAAAUUAUAAGAAUUAAACAGAAAAAUGACUUGA